AUGCGUAGUGAAACAAGAAAAAUAUCAACAUGGACCAGAGAGGUUGGAGGUGGACUGAUGCACACUUCUGCAGUUUACCUUCGCAAUUAACUCUCUAUGGCAUAACAGCCACGCCACAAACAAAUGUCUACACACACGCCAAAGUCACUGAGCCUGAGGGGUCAAACAAGUUGUUGGUAGCGUCUCUAACAGGGAAGAUUGUGUCAGUGGAGUACCAAAGAAAUGGCAAGAAACUCAAACCAUCCACAAAGGAGGUUCAGUUUACCUAUAUCCCUGGUGAUGCUGAAUUAGUUUCCAUGGAUGUAGCCCAUAGAACAAGUUGCCAAGGCAAUGGACUGCUCAUUGGUAUCACUUUCCUGAAACAGACCCAGACUGAGGAUGGAGAACACACGUGUAUGCAAUACCUUAAUCUGUAUUCCUUUUGUCAGUCUGAUGAGGACAGCCACUAUGUAGACAGUGUGGCCCAAACAUGUGUGACAUUAGAACUGGAUUUCAUGCCAUACCAGCUGAUCCACACUCAGUGUGUAACAGAGGACGGUUUGGAGACAGUGUUCCUCCUCAGUGGUAAUGACCACAAAGUCCACAUGUACAGGGAGGACCAUGUUGCCCCAGUGUUAAGGUUCAAAGAAGAAGAAAUAGAGGACUUCUUUCCUGAGCUGUGUUCCACAGGCAGCAGUGUACACUGGAUGGACAUUGUUUACUUCGAUAACCACAAGAAGAGGCUGACUGCUCAGGGACUACAAAAUGGGCAUGUGUUUAUUUCACUUGUGGAUGUCAACAACACAGAGGUGGUUCAGGGAUGGGAAGGCAUGUUUGACAGCCCAAUUACUUGUGUGAAGAUUUUCAACCCUGACAACCAAGUCUCCUUUCCAAAUUUUUUACAAAACACAAAAGGAAAAGAUAACUCUGUAGACGAUGGAUCCCCGGCCGUGUACAACCUACUGGUGAUGAGUUCCUUGGAACCAACAGUAGUCUACAGAAACAUCAUGACCGAUGGUUUAGACAACUCCUUAUACCUGCCUGGUAGCUGUAGCUACGACAUCCCCCUGUGUGCCUGUGUGGCGGACAUUGAUUUUGAUGGACAUAACGAGAUCCUGGUGGGCACAUAUGGUCAGGAGUUACUAGCCUACAAGUUGAUGCAAGAGGAUGAUCAGAUACCAAUAGUGAAAAAAUCCCCAUCUCUAACAAAAAAUAAAAUGUCAUCUCCAGCUAAUAUAAAUAGUUAUAAUGAGGUAGAACCAGUAACAUCUCCACGGCAGCGAAACCUGACAGGUAGCGGUCACACAGGUAGGGAUCCCCAGGGAGCCGUAAAGUUACCACGAAAGGCAAAAUCUCAGGAGAACCUUUCUUCCUCACUACCCAAUAACCAGGACAGUGUGCUGAGUGGAGAUCUGCCUGAGGUAGACUUGCAUCAGUCAGGGACAAACAAAAAGCUCUGUUACAAACUACUAUGGCAAAGAAGCUUUGCAAGUCCAGUGGUUGGAGUGGACAGGGUAGACAUAAUGGGGGACGGCAUGGAUGAUAUGGUUGUGGUCACUCUUCGUGGAGUUCACGUCAUACAGCCAGAGCUAAGGGAGGUUGCCCAGGUGUGUCUAGAGCGGCUGAGAGACCUGGCUUUAUCAAGGGAAAAAGAUGAAGAGGAUGAUGAGGAACACAUUCAGUUGAACAUUGACAGUUACUUGACAUUAGAAAGUUGUUCAACAGAAACUAUAACGUGACAUUAUUGGGGCAAUAUUAAAUCUGAAUAACUAAC